UCUUAAAUACUACUCUGUAACUUAAAUGCUUUAAUUAAUCUGUUGCAAUAAGUAAAUAAAUAAAGUUCUCUUAUUAUUUUCUUGUAAUUUAAAAUAUUAUCAUUUUAAAUUCGUUUAAAAUUAAUAAUAAAUUUGAUUAUUACGCUCCACGUAAACAUUUCUAUUUUGAAUUAAAAUAAGCAAUAAUUUCUAGGUUAUAAUGUGGUCCCUAUUUUUAUUGUUUUUGUUAUCUUUACUAUCAUAUUUAUUUACCGAUGAACUAAUACCAAAGCUAGACCAUUUAUUCAUAAAUGCCGGUAUGUUUGGCAUCGAUUUAUGCAAAGCUAACAAAAAUAAAAUACCCGAAGCUGUAGGAGUUAUUUCAGGUUGCGUGUUUUUGAUAACAUGUUUUAUGUUUAUACCGAUUGUGUUUGGCUACGAUUUGAUGGAUCGAGAACAUUUUCCACAUAAUGAGUUUGCAGAAUUACUAGCAGCAUUGCUAUCCAUAUGCUGUAUGCUACUGUUGGGCUUUGCUGAUGACGUACUGGAUCUACGAUGGAGGUACAAGCUGUUACUACCAACAAUUGCAUCACUGCCUUUACUUGUGGUGUACUAUGUCAAUUUUAACUCCACCACUUUUGUGAUACCCAUACCACUAAGGCACUGGCUAGGAACUUCCAUUGAUAUAGGUUUUCUGUACUACAUAUAUAUGGGAAUGUUAGCUGUAUUUUGCACAAAUGCUAUAAACAUAUUAGCUGGCAUCAAUGGUCUUGAAGUGGGUCAGUCAGUGGUCAUAGCUUUAUCUAUUGUAAUAUUCAAUAUUAUAGAAAUAAGUGGUGACCAACAUAAAGCUCAUACUUUUUCACUACAUAUCCUAAUACCAUACUUAGCUACAACUUUAGCUUUAUUGAAACACAAUUGGUACCCAUCUAAAGUAUUUGUUGGAGAUACAUUCUGUUAUGUAUCUGGUAUGACAUUUGCAGUGGUUGGAAUACUCAGUCAUUUCAGUAAAACAGUUUUAUUGUUUUUUUUGCCACAAAUUAUUAACUUUGUAUAUUCAGUGCCACAAUUAUUCCAUUUUAUACCAUGUCCAAGACAUCGGUUACCUAAGUAUAGUGCUGAAACAGAUCUACUAUAUCCUAGCAGAACAAUUAUAGUAAAAAAAGAUAUGUUAUUUAUAAGUAAAUUAACAAUAAAAUUUGCAUCCCUGUUUAGAUUAGUUGAUAUAACCGAAGACAGUGAAAGUAUAAUGAUGAAUAACAUGACAUUGAUAAACUUAUUUUUGAUAAAAUGUGGUCCUAUGUCAGAAGUACGACUAACUAUUAGUUUACUAAUAUUUCAAGCUUGCUGCAGUUGUAUUGCAUUCUUAAUAAGAUAUCCAAUGGCCUCAUAUUUUUAUGAUAAAUAAUUUUUUUAUUACUAUUACUUGAUUUUUUUUAUAAUUAUCUAUUUGAAUAAAAACCUACACAAAAUUGCA